UAAAUAACCGUUUUUUUAAGUGUAUACCAAUCUGUGGAUACAAAACGCAUACAUAUUUUCUAUUUUUGUUCAUUCUGUGAUGCAUCAUCAUCCACAAUGUCUCUUCUUAUUAAAUUCUACUCUACUGUAAUAAUUUCACUCCUGCUACUCUCUUCAACUACCGCAGUAUCCUACGCCAAAUAUCUCCGGAAAUUCUCUUCGUUUCCACACUCAAUUUCAGCCGAGGAGCCCUUGAAGAAACCUGCUUCUAGACUUUCCAGGAACUUCAUUGGAGAUGAUGGGCGGGUUUACGCUUGUUCAGGGAGAAAUCUCUUUUCCUUUGAGAGCAAUGGUACCAUUGCCUGGACUGUACCAUUAAAUUAUACAUGCAACGUCAAUUUAGCUCCAGUACAUGGAGGGUCAAGAAAGAUAUAUUUGGUUGCAGAAAAUAGAGUACUAAAAGUCAAUCCUUUAAAAAUUCACACUUCUGAGGCUGCUGUAGAAAUAUUUUUUGAUGCAGAAGUAUCAGGAGAAAUUACUGGAGUUGCUGUAAGCAUAUUCAGCUCAUGUGUACUCAUUAAUGUUGAGAACAGGGGGCUUUUUGCAUAUAGGUUAUAUGGGCAACUUCUAUGGAGUGCUGGUCCAGUACUUUAUCAGCAUGGAUAUCGCAAAGGUUGUAGGAAAAAUGUUACUGAUUGCUAUUUUACUUCAAUACCUGUGAUUGAUCACUGUGAAGCUAGUAUAUAUAUCUCAAACACUGUAGGGGAACUCUACUCAUUAUCAGUCCGUGGACCUCAUUUUAAAUGGAUCCAAGAUUUGAGCUCAUUUGACGAUAAAUAUACACUUACUCCUGGAAAUAAUGGUCGAUUGUAUGUCACUAUACCCCUUAGAGCUGUCAUUCUUGCAUUGGAUGUUUCCACGGGAAAUAUUUUGUGGGAAGGAAAAAUCGGACCAUUAAGUUCGUCAGAUUAUGAGCCAGUUGUUGAUUCUAAUGGUUGGAUAUCUAUUGGCUCGUUGGAUGGAUUCCUGUAUUCAUAUUCUCCAACAGGAGCUCUCAGAAAAUUCUCAAAUCUUGCUAGCGUGAAUUCUGUAAUCCAAGUUAGUCCUGUACUUGACUGCUCGGGGUAUGCAGUUAACAUAAUACAGACCGAAAUGGAUGGAAAAAUGUCCCAGACAAUUGGAGGAUAUACUUAUGUAUCGGCAAUGAAACCAAGAAAUAUUGUUUUCACAUUGCUUAUUCCAGCUUCUGGUUCUAUAUACUGGACUGAAAGUGAUCCCGGUCGAUUGUCAGCCAAGUUGUCCCAGGGUGAUCUGAAGCAUUUUAUACUGGAUGAAAGAAUGCUUCUAGCUAUUUUUGCUGCUUCAAGGAAUGGAAAUCCAUUGCCUUGCCGUACCAUGCGUCAGAAGCUUGCGUCUAGCUGCUCAGGAGGGAGGCCCAAGAGUAUCAACAUCUACACAGGUAACAAGAGGACGAUUCUGUUAUUUCUUUUGUUUGAAUCAAUACUACUGAUGGUACUAGCAAUAGUCGUACGAUAUUGCCUCACGUUUUGGAAGAAAAAGAAGCUUCAAAAACUCGACCUUGGGGAGUUUCUAGAGAAAAGACGUUCUCUACGACUCCAGAAGCAAGCAUUUGAUAGGACGAUUACAGAGCUUGAACAAAAAGCUGCAGAGGAAGCAGUAGCCCACGAAGUACUGGAGAAACUCAGUGAUUUGGUUAAAGAAAGGGAAGGCAUAAAGAGAAAGCUCUCAACAACCUACAGUUUAGGCAGGGACCGGGCAGAACCAAAGUCGAAAUCCCUACUUCCGGUAUACAAUGGAAAAACUAAAAGUUACUCUUUUCAAGGCUCUAUGAAGGAGAGCUUUACCGUAUUUCACACGUUCAGCGACUCUUCGUCUGCAGACAGCAGCAGCAAAGAAGAGCGUGAUAAGAAUCCUACCGAACAUAAAGAACUGGCAGUCGAGGCUAAGGGGAAGGGUCCAGUAGAAGACGAUACUUCUAGUGAUGAUGAGAUUCACACGAAAGAGUAUAGGGCGGAAUCAAGCCUAAAAGGUACUGUCAAUCCAUUGAUUCGAGAUCAUUCAUUCAGUGAAAUAGAGGAAGUGAAAAUGAAGAGUGACGAAAAGGUAAAAGGAAUUGUUCAUAGUCGCGGUGGGAACAUCAGGAAGAGAAGCAUGUCCUCAACUAACUAGCUACUGCAACAUUCUGUUCAACUAACUAGCUACUGCAACAUUCUGUUCUAGGUUGUCUUUUAAAAACAGAUGAUACAUAGAAAUGAAGUUCCACACUAUUUUUUUCAGUCACGACAAUUUUUGUCAUGCUGUAAAGUGGUUUUAUCGAGCUAAUGGUUUUAUAUGUGCACGUCAGCAACUCGACUACCUCUUCUUAUACCUGUUAAAUUUGUUAAGAAAAGCUACU